GCAAGCCACGUGAUCUGGUCCGGCCCCGGAGUCGGCGUAAAGCGUGAACUCAGGAGAAACAAGUCGAGUAGCGAAGAAACCUGCGAUUUUUGUAUUCUACCGCAUGUUUUCCUUGGUCUUCAUAUCUGUCCAAUGAUUUCUAUUUUCUUUGUCUUCUAAUUUUCCUUUUGAAAGUACAAACAACAAUUCUUAAUAUUAAAACCAAACAAGAAAGAAAAAUGGCGUCGUCACUUCUUCGCCAACGAAGAGUUUCAGCAAUGGGUGUUUCUCGGAUUCUUCAAGAUAAUGGGGAUUCCUUUCGACUACAACUGGAAUCCAAGUUUGGGAGAUUUGCUACCAUAGGUGUUAUGAUCAGGAAUUACAACGGUGGAAAGAGUACGGCAAAGUUUGAUUUUACUGAUCUCACCUGUCCUCAUACAUGGUAUCCUAAUGCUCGAAAAAAGAAUCGCAAGGUUUUCUUGCAUGUAGGUCCCACAAACAGCGGUAAAACAUACCAUGCUCUGAAGCGACUCCAAUCAAGUCCUUCUGGUGUAUAUUGUGGUCCUUUAAGAUUGUUGGCUUGGGAAGUGUCGAAACGGUUGAACAAAGCAAAAGUUCCCUGUGAUCUAAUCACAGGACAAGAGAAGGAGGAAGUGGAUGGUGCAAAGCAUAAGGCUGUAACCGUUGAGAUGGCUGAUGUAACAUCUGAUUACCAUUGUGCUGUUAUUGAUGAAAUACAGAUGUUGGGCUGUAAGACUAGGGGUUUUUCAUUUACACGCGCCCUGUUGGGAAUUGCUGCUGAUGAACUUCAUCUUUGUGGAGAUGCAGCUGCUGUUCCUCUUAUUCAGGAAUUAUUGAAAGUGACCGGUGAUGAUGUCAAGGUCCAAUCUUAUGAUAGGCUUUUACCACUAGUUCCCUUGGAAGUUCCUCUUGGAUCUUUUUCCAACAUACGAACAGGCGACUGCAUUGUAAGUUUUUCACGCAAGGAAAUAUACAAGUUGAAGAAAAGAAUUGAAGGUGGUGGAAAACAUCUUUGCUCUGUGGUUUAUGGUUCAUUGCCACCAGAGACUCGGACAAGACAGGCAACAAUGUUUAAUGAUGCUAGCAGUGAGUUUGAUGUUCUUGUGGCCAGUGAUGCAAUUGGGAUGGGUCUUAAUCUGAACAUUUCAAGAAUAAUUUUUUCGACGUUGAAAAAAUUUGAUGGUUUUGAAAUGCGGGAUCUUACAGUACCAGAGAUCAAGCAAAUUGCAGGGAGAGCUGGAAGGUAUGGAUCAAAAUUUCCUGUGGGUGAUGUGACCUGUUUAGAUGCAGAUGAUCUACCUUUGCUUCAUUCAUCAUUGAAAUCUGCCUCUCCUAUUUUAGAGCAAGCUGGACUAUUUCCAUCCUUCGAUCUUAUCUUUAUGUAUUCACGUUUACAACCAAAAAGAGGUCUCUACCAGAUAUUGGAGCAUUUUCUAGAGAAUGCAAAGUUAUCUGAGAACUAUUUCAUUGCAAACUGUGAAGAAAUGUUGAAAGUUGCCACUGUUAUUGAUGAACUGCCUCUCGGGUUGCAAGAUAAGUAUCUUUUCUGCAUCAGUCCAGUUGAUAUCAAUGAUGAAAUUUCAUCUCAAGGUCUAACACAGUUUGCUGAAAAUUAUGCAAAGAAGGGCCUUGUUAACCUUCGAGAAAUAUUUACCCCUGGUACACUUCAGGUGCCUAAAACACAUACUGCACUCAAGGAGCUUGAAUCCAUUCACAAGGUCUUGGAACUCUAUGUUUGGUUGAGUUUUCGAUUCGAUGAAUCAUUCCCUGACCGUGAACUGGCUUCUUCACAGAAGGCCAUCUGCAGCCUGUUAAUUGAGGAAUUCCUUGAAAGACUUGGUUGGCAGAAACCAACUUCAAGAAAGUUAACUUCACGCACAAGCUUAAAUUCUUUAAUUGCGAACAAGAAAAGACAAUACCUAUGAACAAGAAAAGACAAUACCUAUGUGAUUAAAUGUAAACUACUAUUAGGUAUUUACUCAUUAAACCUGUUCCCAUUCAAUAUAGCUAUUCCUUUCAUG